UGUGUCGAGUCGAUGUAACUGGUUUCCACACGGACACUUCCUCACCGCGCAACGUUGCGUUUCUCCUCGUUCGCCGCUGUUUGGCUUCCGCGGUGAAGUUUAAUUGGAAAAAGUUGGCAAAUGAAAUCAAAUUGACCAAACUAAAACUUGUUUUGUGUUCAUGGCGGGAAGCGGUAGCUCUUUGUUCUCCGGCUUCCGGGUUUUGGGACUUUACAGCAAUCAUGUGCCGCACGUGCUACGCUACCAUCAAAAACACCGCGAGUUCUACGUGGUGACGUCGGUGGGCAAAUGUUUGCACACUUACAAUGUGGCUCAUUUGGGCAUCGUCUCUGUCAGUAACAGUCUCCAAGAUGACAUCACUUGUGUGGCAGCGGACAGGAUGUUGGUGUUUGCUGCCGCCGGACGACUCGUCUGUGCCCUCGCGAGGAACAAAGAGGUGGUGAUGCGUUACCGUGGUCACGAGCAGGAAGUGCGUCUGCUGCUUUCUUUGGGUGAUCAGCUGAUCUCGGCCGAUGGCGGCGGACACGUCAUCGUGUGGGACGUCCACGCGGGCGACGUCUACCUGAGGCUACACUUUGACCCCAGCACCUUCAGCGUGUCGGCCAUGAUGCACCCCAGCACGUACCUGAACAAGGUGCUGCUGGGAAGCUCCCAGGGUGCACUGCAGCUGUGGAACGUGAAAAGCAGCAAGCUGCUGUACACGUUCCCGGGCUGGUCGGCAGGGGUCACGGUUCUGCAGCAGAGCCCGGCGGUGGACGUGGUGGGUGUCGGCACGGCGACGGGCCGCAUCGUCAUUCACAACAUCCGAGCGGACGAGACGCUGAUGAUGUUCACGCAGGACUGGGGACCAAUCACAUCGCUGGCUUUCAGGACAGACGGUCCUCCCGUGGCGGCGUCCGGCAGUCCUCAGGGUCACAUGGCCUUCUGGGACCUGGAGCGUCAGCAGCUCGUGGCUCAGCAGAGACACGCCCACAACACGGCGGUGGCAGCUGCCACCUUCCUGCACGGCGAGCCGCUGUUGGUCACCAACGGAGCCGACAACGCUGUCAAGGUGUGGAUAUUUGACCAGGAUGGGGGCGGAGCCAGGUUGCUGAGGAGUCGCCAAGGGCACAGAGCCCCACCCACCACUAUCUGUCACCAUGGCAACGAUGGCAAGAACAUCCUGAGCGCAGGUCAGGACGGCACAUUGCAGUCUUUCUCCAGCGUGCACGAGCGCUUCCACAAGAACCUCGGACACGGUGGGUGUGCACGCUCCAUCAGUAAAAAGAAAGAACAGAAGAAGAAGAAGAACAUGUCCUAUGGGGAACUCCGCCUGCCCGCCAUCACUGCAUUCUCCUCUGCUACAGCCCGCCAAUCAGACUGGGACGGCAUCGUGGCGUGUCACCGUGGUCGCCUAGCAACCACCACCUGGAACUACCAGCGGUGCACCAUGGGAGCUCAUCACCUGCAGCCGCCAGGUGGCCACAGCGACGCCAUCGCUACGGCCGUCGACAUCACUUCCUGUGGAAACUUUACAGUUGUGGGCUCAUCGUGCGGCCGUGUUGACGUCUACAACCUGCAGUCCGGACUUCAUCGCGGUUGCUAUGGAGACAAGCAGAAAGCUCACAGCGGUGUGGUGCGAGGGGUCGCCGUUGAUGCACUUAACCAGCUGACUGUCACCAUCGCAUCUGAUUGGCUCCUCAAGUUCUGGCGCUUCAAGAACCACAAACAGGAAGAAGAGAUCAAGUUAAACGCUGCACCGGCUAGCAUGAAGCUCCACAGAGACAGCGGAAUGCUAGCAGUGGCGUUGGAUGACUUCACAUUGCUGAUUGUUGACAUCGAAACCAAGCGAGUGGUCAGGAAGUUUUGUGGUCACCAUGGCAACACCAACGGCAUGACUUUUAGUCCAGAUGGUCGCUGGUUGGUGACGGCGGGCAUGGACUGCACCAUUCGGACGUGGGACAUCCCUUCUGGAAGCCUUGUGGACUGCUUCCUGGUUUCCAUGGCGCCAGUGGGUGUGUCCAUGUCACCCACGGGAGACUUCCUGGCAACAGUGCAUGUGGACAGUCUGGGAGUGUACUUGUGGACUAAUAAGAGCCUGUGUGGGCCCGUGGGGCUCCACCCUCUCUCGGCCGACUACCAACCGGCAGAGGAGACUCUGCCGGGAGCGGCGGUGCAUGAGGUCGAGCGGGAAGUGAUAUCAGAGGAGGCAGAGUACGCGUUCCGUUCAAGUGAGCAGUUAGGGGCGGAGCUAGUGACGCUGUCUCAGCUGCCGGAGUCGCGCUGGAAGAGUCUUCUUCACCUGGACGCCAUCAAGAGGAGGAACAAGGCCGUCUCGGCGCCUGUGGCAGGAACUUCGGCGCCAUUCUUCCUGCCCACCGUGCCGGGCCUCACACCACGCUUUGCCACGCCCAUUCAGGAAGUGCAGUCCAAGGUUUACAGCUGCGGUCCGCUGUCUCAGAGGUCAAAGUUCAGUAGUGCUCUGGAGGCGUGUCUUCAGGCAGGCUCAUUCCACGUUCCCAUCCAGCUCUUGAAGGAUUUGGGCCCGUCUGCGAUCUCGGUGGAGCUUGCCUGCCUGUCACCUGAAGGGGGCGGAGACAGCAGCCUGCUGUUGGCUUUCGUGGGCAUGAUUGACAGCAUGUUGGCCAGUGGGCGGGACUUUGAUCUGGCGCACGCAUACCUGGGUCUGUUCCUCAAGCUUCACCUGCGCUCGCUGUCGCAGGAUGCGGUCGCCAUGGAAGCGUUGCUCCGCCUCUCCUUGCGGCUGGAGGCGGGGUGGGCGGACCUGCGGGCGUCGUUUCAUCAGUCGCUUUGUCUGCUGGCGUACGCUAAGAGCGCGCUGCUGUGAACUUGUCGUCCUCUGUCUUGGGACGCCAGGCAGGUGUGUUGACCACCUUCACCUUCAUCCGUUUGUCCGAUCAGAAGAGACUUUUUUUUUUUUUCAAAACUCAAAGACCCUCAAGAGUUUCAUAUCUUCUUCGUCAAGUCCCACAUGAAU